AUGGCAAAACAGGCGUCGGCAAUAGGAUAUCAAAAGAACAUUUUGUUAAUCUUCGAUAUCACACUCAACACUUGUGAUGAUCAAAAUUCCGCCAUGAAACAAUUAAACUCCUUCUCAUCUCAUCAGAAUUCAGUUCAACAUUUUGUUUUUCGCAAAUCAUUUUUACGACAUCGCAUUAAUUCACAUGAAUAUUAA